GAACAGUCUAUAUAAAUGGAUAGAACCAUAUCAAGAUUCAAAACUAUACACGUCGGCAAAUACUUUCCACUCUUUACGUUUCAUAUCAAAAUGUUUAUCCAUUCCCUAUUAAUCUUCACACUUCUCUUUGCCUCUUCUCAGGCUUCAGUGGUCGAUUUCUGCGUUGCAGACCUAUCAUUGCCCAAUGGACCUGCAGGCUAUUCUUGCAAGAAACCUUCCACUGUCACAGAGAACGAUUUCGCAUACUCAGGCCUGGUUCCCGGAAACACAUCCAAUAUCAUCAAAGCUGCUGUGACCCCGGCCUUUGAUGCCCAAUUUCCCGGUGUCAAUGGCCUUGGCAUUUCCAUUGCGCGGCUGGAUUUGGCCGUAGAUGGUGUAGUACCGAUGCACACUCACCCCGGUGCAUCAGAAAUCCUCGUAGUCAUCGAGGGGACAAUCUGUGCCGGCUUUAUUUCGUCUUUUGACAACGUUAUCUACCUCAAAACCCUGAACAAGGGAGAUGUUAUGGUAUUCCCACAAGGAUUAUUGCACUUCCAAAUCAAUUCUGGCACCACCAUUGCUCUAGCAUAUGCUAGCUUUGGCAGUGCUAACCCAGGUCUUCAAAUCACAGACUUUGCUUUCUUUAAGAAUAAUUUGCCAACUGAAUUGUUAGCCAAGACGAGUUUCCUUGAUAUUGCUCAAAUCAAGAAACUUAAGGCUGUUCUUGGUGGCACUAACUGAUAAUCAUCUGUCAUUUGUUGGGACAAAAUUGUUUUCAUUUUCAGUCUUGUGUCAUUCUGAUUAUUGUAUUGUAAUUUCAGUGUCAUAUUGUGUUGGGUUUUUCUAGUCUGUCAAAGUUUCAGCUUUGUAAUUUGAUUGUAGCACCAAAUGUACCAUCGUUGAGAAUUAUAUGGAAUAAUAUUACCUAGCAUAAGUGGUACUAGAGAAUCAA